AUGGACAUUGAGGACGAGCCGCGGCCGCAGCUCGUGCCGCCGCCCCAGCCCGCCACCACAGGCGGCCGACCGCCGCCGCAGCCAGAGCACCAGCCGCGGCCAGGCCAUCUGCAAGGCCACGCCCUGGAGCCGCCGGGCCGCACGCCGUUCGACAGCGCCGGCGGCGGCCCGCAGCAGCCGCCGGCCUCGGCGCAGGUGCCCCUUUCGGUGGGGGGCGCGGCGCAGCAGCUGGUCUUGCAGCCCAGCAUAGAGGGGCCCUCGGAUCUUGACCUCACGUCUCGAGCUGUGGAGGGCGGGUCGGUCAAGACGCAGCGCCUGCGGCGGAGGACGCUGGAGGAAGCUUCCGCGCAGCAGCAGCAGCAGCAGCUGCAGCAGCAGAGCAAGAGGAGGCGGAGCCAGCAGCAGCAGCAGCAGCAGCAGCAGCAGCAGCAGCAAUCAGCCGAGUCGGAGCUGAAGGCGGAACCGCAGGGCAGUGAGGCGUCGCCGCAGCGGCGGCCGUCGCAGCCGCAGCCGCGCCAGCAGCAGGCGCAGCAGAGCGGGACGACGCCGGACGCUGGCGCUGCCGGGGAGAAGUGGUGCGCG